UCCUCGUGAAAUGCCCGCCGCGCGCCUCGGCUGGGCCCCAAGAUGGCGUCGAUGCGGGAGAGCGACACCGGCCUGUGGCUGCACAACAAGCUGGGCUCAGCCGACGAGCUGUGGGCGCCCCCGAGCAUCGCCUCGCUGCUCACCGCCUCGGUCAUCGACAACAUCCGCCUCUGCUUCCACGGCCUCUCCUCGCCCGUCAAGCUCAAGCUGCUCCUGGGCGUCCUCCACCUGCCCCGCCGCGCCGUCGACGAGAUGAAAGGCGCCCUGACCGAAAUUAUCCAGCUGGCUACUUUGGAUCCAGACCCCUGGGUGUUAAUGGUGGCUGAUAUUUUGAAAUCCUUUCCAGAUAUUGGCUCCCUUAACCUUGAUCUGGAAGAGCAGAACCCCAAUGUUCAGGAUAUCUUAGGAGAACUGCGUGAAAAAGUGAGCGAUUGUGAAUCCUCAGCCAUGUUGCCUUUGGAAUGCCAGUACUUAAACAAAAACGCCUUGACCACCUUGGCCGGACCCUUCACGCCUCCCGUCAAGCACUUCCAGUUGAAGCGGAAGCCCAAAAGUGCCACUCUGCGAGCAGAGCUCCUGCAGAAGUCUGCUGAAACUGCGCAACAGCUGAAGAAGACGGCUGGAGUAGCUUUCCAUGCCAAAGGAAGAGGAUUGGUUAAGAAGAUUGACACAACAACUCCGCUCAAAGGAAUACCAAAGCAAGCGCCCUUCAGGAACCCCACCGCCCCCAUCGUCUUCAGCCCCACAGGGAACCGGACCCCCAUCCUCUCCUCCAAAGUGCCUCUGUGCAAGGAGAGAGGCGUCAAGGUACCUGCACGCAAGUAUGCCAUGCGGGACCUGGUUCACCGGCUUCCAGGAGGUAACAACAGUAACAGUUCAGCAAGCAAAACCAUGUCUGAUGAUACCGUAACUGCCAUCUGCUGCACCUUGCACGAAGUCAUCACAAAAAACAUGGAAAACGCCAAGGCCUUACGAGAUGCAGGAGGAAUUGAGAAACUUGUUGGCAUUUCCAAAAGUAAAGGAGACAAGUACGUUUUGCCAAUCAUCGUCUGCCCGUUAGCUGUAAUUUAUAGUCGACACUAA